UUCAUCAAAUGAAACAUUUGUAAGCCUUCUCUUUAAAAUUUAUAUUCACUUUUAUUUUGACCUUUAUCUUUAUUUUACUUUUUUCUAAUCAAUCUGCUGGUUAUUUAAUUGAUCUACAGAAAAGACAGAACAUUUUUAUAAUUUCUUUUCAUCUUGUUCCUCAUCUCCACAGAAGCUCUUCCUAAAACUCAGGACUAAAUGCUAAAGUUAGCAAUGAUGACCAUGUGGACAUCCCUGCUUUUGGUGUUUGGAGCUUCCAUUUCUAUUGCAACGAAGUAUAGAUCUGGGGUUGAUCCUCUCAUCCCACUGGACAUGGCUCCAAAGUCUGUUGAUGACAUGUAUGAAGGAUGUGCAGACAAGAUGGCGAUCAGAGUCAAGACUGAGUUUCUAGGGAAUGAGAAAAAGAUAAACAAAAAUUUUGCACUAGCUUGGAAAGAAGCAGAGAAACGGUACAAGAAACAGAAGCCCAAACAUGGAAAGAAGCCUCCCACAACCCUGGAGAACGAACAGAAGAUGGCCAUAUAUGCCUAUACUCUGGACAAACCGGAAAUAUAUGCUGAAUUCAACAAUGCAGUCCGAACACAGAGAGAUCAGUACAAAGGCACAUUUCAAUAUCACUCACUGCACUUCUUCCUCACAGGCGCUCUUAAAUUUCUCAACUCUCGCAAACCUAAGACAGAAAGAUGCCUUACUGGUUACCGGAGAGUCAACAAAAAAUACAACCUAGGCGUUCUCAGCAAAGAAGUUCGCUUUGGCGCUUUCACCUCCAGCUCGAUGGGGGAGUACCCCAGAAAUGAAACAUUUGGCCAUGAAACAUGCUUCGAGAUUUACACCUGUUUAGGAGCAGACAUCUCACUGUACUCAAAGUUUGGAGAAUCAGAAAGAGAAGUCCUGAUUCCUCCUUAUGAAAUAUUUAAAAUUACAGACAUAAAGAAGAGAUCUGAGGACAAGAACCUUCCAUGUGAGGUUGUUUUGAAACUAAAGAGCACAGAAAAAGCUCUUUCGAACUUAAACUGUGCAUUUUUCCUUGAUAACUGAUCCAAUGAAUCUACAUAUGUCAAAUUUUAGUGAAACAUGCACAAAGAACAACCAUAACAUUAGAUUUCUUUUGAGAUUGAUUUUAAUAUGAACUAUUGAGAUUUAUCUAGCAAGGUGGCGCAGUUGGUAGCACUGUUGCAUUGCAGCAAGAAGGUCCUGUGUUCGAUUCCCGGCCGGGGGUCUUUCUGCAUGGGGUUUGCAUGUUCUCCCCAUG